UCACUGAAACAUCUUCUGAACCAGAAACUGCAACAACGUCAACAAGUAGAAGCACAACUCAUCAUCCACCGACUAGUCAGGAAAUGUCUUCAACAAGAUCCUCAUCGACUGAGGCACAAUCUACAUCUUCCACAACAGUAACACCAACAGGAACAGCUGAAUCAACAGCCUCCACCUCAACACACUCAACAAAUCCAGUAACAACAAGUGCGACCAGCGAUCAUUCCACAACAACUGUACAAUCGUCGACAAAUGCAGAAGUCUCACCAAGUUCACAUUCUACAGUCUUUUCAACAACAAAUGAAAAAUCAAGUAGCACUUUACAAUCUUUCAUAUCAACCUCAAAGGCUUUAACAUCCACAGGAACUAUCAGUACAAAGACCCUUACAACAGUCAGCCAUUCAGCAUCUACCAUUAUCCCCCUUUCAAAUGCGACUGCCACGGUGACUACACCACCUACCACUCUUCAGUGUAGUGAUAAGGACUGUCCUGGGUGUACUGGUACAUGUGCUUUUAACAUGACACUUGGACAAUGUCACUGCCAUUGUCAAGACUUUGUUUUUGGCGAUAUCUGUGUUUUGGGAGAGAAUGACACCACUGCUCAUAUUGACACUGGAGCAAUUCCAACUCGAAAAGCAAAUUUUACUUUGGAAAUCAACAUCACCUUUCAUGCGUAUUUUAAUCAUUUAAACUCACAACAGUCAAUUGAAUUCAUCAAGAAAUUGGAACAACAGCUCAUACCUUUAUGCAAAGAAGCAGAUCCACAAAAUUAUAAAAACCUACAAAUCGUCAAGUUGUCAAAGGGAAGUGUUGUUGCAGAGACCGUGGCAGAGUAUGGCUAUGCAAACAAUGAUACUGAAAUCCAGUUUGUCAACAAUCAGCUUGAUGGGGUGUUAACUAAUAUCUUGAAUGACACAAGUAACCUCAAUAAGAUUUCCCAGGCCUUUAAUGCAAAUGUGGUGUUAAAUACACUUACCUUCCAGCCACCUGAGAUUAAAAAUAUUUCAGACCUGAAGCCUUUUGUUAACUGCUCCCACUUUGCUAAUUACACUGCUGAAAUUGGCAAUGGUCAAUGGCAGUGUGUUGGACCUUGCAAAACAAAUCCUGAUUACUGUCAUCAACAUGGUGAAUGUUUCAAUAACAUUUACAAAGGGGCCACCUGUAGAUGCUUUGAGUCCAGCCUGGAGCAGUAUUAUGGCCCACAGUGUGACCUCUUCCGUUGGGGUUCAGGUUUCUACGGAGCACUGUUUGGAUCAUUGGCAGGAGCACUCCUGCUCUUGAUUAUCAUUGUCACUGUGAUUGUCGUCUUCAAAAAGAGACACACCGGUGUUUGGAAAAGAAGCAAUUCCUAUAACAGAAGACUGUCUGCUUUUGAUGAAGAUUUUUUUGAUUUCUCUGAUAUAGGUGGUCACAACUUGGGACUUGCAGGCGCUUCAGGCACAUCAGGGGGUUUUAGGCCACGUCUACAAAAUGUUAACACCCAAUUGCAGGGCACAACAUAAUGUCCAGAGGUUUUGAACAUCAACCCUAGAUGAAGGCUACUAGGAAUUUUUUAUUAUAAAUACAAUGUUUUCCAUGUUUGAAAUAAAGAAAAUUACAGUUCAG